CGGUACUCUGACACUUCAGUCUGGAGACCUUGGGCUCGGACGCAGAUACCAGAGGGUCCUUGAAGCCAGACCUGCUCUGAGGAGGCUGCAAGGGGAGGGGGUGCCGAGGGGCUAUACCUCACCUUUGCCUCCACUUGCCCAACAGAUGUCACCGCCCAGUCAGCUGUGUCUCCUCACCAUUGUCGCCCUGAUUCUGCCUAGUGAAGGGCAGACACCAGAAAAACCCAGAUCCAGUUUUACAGCGCACCAGAGUUCUGUGACUACUCAUGUCCCAGUUCCAGAUCAAACCAGCCCAGGAGUCCAGACCACUCCUCCCAUCUGGACCAGUGAAGCUGGCGAAGCCACAGGAAGCCAGACAGCAGCCAAAACCAAGACCCAGCAACUGACCGAAAUGGCCACUGCGAAUCCAGUGACAGAUCCAGGGCCACUUACAAGCAGCGAGAAAGGUACCCCGGCACUCUCCAGGAUCAAAUCUCCCAGCCCACCCAAAGGUUACAUGCCUCCAUCCUACAUUGAGAAUCCACUGGAUCCCAAUGAGAACAGCCCCUUCUACUACGACAAUACCACCCUCCGGAAACGGGGGCUGCUGGUGGCGGCAGUGCUGUUCAUUACUGGAAUUAUCAUCCUCACUAGUGGGAAGUGUAGACAGUUCUCUCAGUUAUGCCUGAAUCGCCACAGGUGAGUGGGAGCCAGCACCCUGAUGGGCACCCCAACUGGAGCCGCCAUACCAUACCAGUUCACCACCCCUGCCUCCCUCCCUCUGCUCCAAGAGCCAACAGAGUGGUCAACAUAAAUGGAUCCUCAAAGGAAGAGGCCACCGGAGGGAGCCAGGCCUAAGGCUAAAUGGUCUUCCCACCCUGAGGAGAGAGGUCUCCCCAGGCACUGCUGUGAUCCUGCCUAUCCUGUUCAGAUAAAUCCACAUGGUCUCUC